AUGCCUAGAGGAAUUCAGGAUCAUCUACGAACAGCUGCCAAGGACGACAAGGACGACAAGGACGACAAGGACUAUGAGGCGGAGCAGCUCAAGCAAGAACUAACUGGUCGUGCAGAAGCCAUCAAAUGGCUGAAGGAUUUUGGUAUACUCACGUACCUUAAUGUAACCCUGAUCGGCGAGGGCAAUGAAGGCAAAGAUGACGAUCCUUCCGACACGAAUUAUUCUUUACGGAGCAGCAACGAUGCCGAGCCACUCAAGAACAGUGCUUCCAAGCGUAUCAUGGAGCGUCGGUCUGGCCAACAUAAGAUGGAACUGCUGCUAGACGUGAGCUCUUCUCAAGAAUCGGGCGUACUUGAGGGAGAACCGCAUGAGCAGGCGGUGCAGGAUCUGCAGGACGCUCUGAACAUAUGCCGCGCUGUGUUUUCUCAAAAAAAGAGGCGCUUGCUAUCCUCUGACGUCCAGCCUGCACAGUCGCUUACUUGCAGUAUUGCCACAAUCGUGAGAAACGGGCUAGAUAUACUGAGUGAUGUGAUUGCACUUGAAUCCUUGUCGUCCUUGUCGUCCUUGUCGUCCUUGGCAGCUGUUCGUAGAUGA